AUGUGUGGCUGGUGCUCCUUACGCCACCUGUGGCGCACUACUGCAGCUCGAGGUGUUGCCUUGGGUGGGCCCCACAUUGAUCGGACAAGCAGCGGUCGCAACAGCGACGACAGCUCCAAGCUCCCCACAGCGGCGUCAUUGGAGCGCGAAGCACCGACGUCAAACAACAACUACCACAUCGCUGCGCACAUCGUCGCCGAUACCGCCCUUCCCACGACUUGCUGCCGCCAGGAGAUGUAG